CCACUAAAAGCCAUGCAAAUAUCUGAGAGUCUCAGACACAGAGCUCACAAAGAUUCCACCAAUGUCACCGCUCUCUUCUUCUCCAAAACCCAACCCUCUCUCAACCCCUAAUACCAAAACCCAAAUUCCAAGCCCCACCAAUCUCUCUCAACUCUCAACAACACAAAACGUACACUUGGUGAUUAACAUCAUGCCAAUUCACUAGUAGCACCAACCAGCGUUACAUUCACUUUAUCCAUCCUCACCUACUUUUGUACAUUGCAGCACCAACAUAACUGCUUAUAUUCCUCAUUAAAGAUGCGGAAGUGAUUUCUCAGAAAUGGGUCGAGACGGGUUAUUGGUUCCGGUGGAGACUAGUACUCAAACUCAAACUCAAGUUAGUUUAAAGAAGAAGACAGCGGUUUCAAGGAGCUGGAUUUCACUAGACCACAAUGGGGAGAGUUCCAUAUUGGAUGCAGACAAGUAUACUAUUAUGCGCCGGGUUCAGAUUAACGCCAGAGAUCUUCGGAUUCUUGAUCCUCUGCUUUCAUACCCUUCAACUAUUCUUGGUAGAGAAAAAGUUAUUGUUCUUAAUUUGGAGUUCUGCUCUUCAGCACAUUAAAGCAAUAAUCACUGCAGAUGAGGUAUUGCUUAGAGAUCCAUUUGAUAAUAACGUAGUUCCUAUAAUUGAGGAGCUACGAAGGCGAUUGCCUUUAGGAAAUGCAGUUUACCAGGGCCAAGGAGAAGAAGAAGAGCACCCAGGCGUUCAACAUGAUGUUGAAAGUGGUGAAGAAAAUGAAUUUCCAUUUGAAUUCCGAGCCUUAGAAGUUGCACUAGAAGCCAUUUGUAGUUUUCUUGAUGCACGCACAAGAGAACUAGAGAAUGAAGUUUAUCCAGCCUUAGAUGAGCUGACCUCCAAGAUUAGUAGUCGUAAUUUGGAUCGCGUGCGGAAAUUGAAAAGUGCAAUGACAAGGUUGACAAAUCGGGUUCAAAAGGUAAGGGAUGAACUUGAACAACUUCUUGAUGAUGAUGAUGAUAUGGAAGACCUUUACUUAUCAAGAAAGUUGGCUGGGGCAUCUUCACCUGUCAGUGUCUCAGAUGCUCCUAAUUGGUUUCUUUCCUCUCCUGUUAUAGGCUCAAAGAUAUCGAGAAUAAGUAGGGGAAGUGCAGCAACAAGUCAAGGAGAGACUGACGUUGAGGAGCUUGAAAUGUUGCUCGAGGCAUACUUUAUGCAAAUUGAUGGCACAAUGAACAAAUUGACUACGCUGCGUGAAUACAUUGAUGACACAGAGGAUUACAUCAAUAUCCAGCUUGAUAAUCAUCGGAAUCAGUUGAUUCAGCUAGAACUAUUCCUAAGUUCUGGGACUGUUUGUUUGUCUGUGUACUCUGUGGUGGCUGCAAUAUUUGGCAUGAACAUCCCAAAUAUAUUGAACGAUGACCAUGGAUACGCAUUCAAAUGGGUGGUGAUCCUCGCAGGAGUGGCUUGUGCAUCUCUCUUCUUAUCAGUAAUUUCAUAUGCUCGGCACAAAGGUCUAGUUGGUUCUUGAAAUUUAUACAACCAAGUUGGAAGGAUAUUAUACAUUAUCAAGCUUGCAAUUUUACCUGAAGUCUGGUGAAAUUGAGGAGCAUGACUACAACUUGAUUUAUCCAAUUCAAGUGCCACCUCAUGCAGUGAUUUUUUUCCAUGAGAAUUACAAUACAGAUUGGUUCAUGGGUUCACUUGUAAUUAGUCAUUAAAUCGGCUAAAAGUUGGUUACAUGAAAUAGCAACUGUUGGGAUAACAAUGUCAAAGUUGCCUUGGUCCGUGGGCACAAAUCAAUGCAGCAGAGUUAUAUAGUGGCCCAGUAUGUGGCAUGGUCUGAGGAUUGGAACAUUUGCUCUACAGGAAUAGCAUUCAUUUGGAUAAAACAUGAAUCUUUUUCUUAAUAAUAACCUGACCCUUUUCAUAUAUAGGACUAGGAGGGAGGGUACCAUUGUAUUUGUAUCAUGUUCAAACAUCCGGGGGGCCCAUUGAUUGAUUUAAAUUAAGCUUGUGUUGUGUUGUGUUGUGUUGUGAGACACACACUUGGAAGGAGCAGCACGCGGCUAUUCAUUCA